AUGAUAACGGUUGAUAAGAGAAAGACAUUUAGAGGAAAUGGUUUUUGAUCGAUAGUUGAUGAGACCCAUUUAAUAAUAAUAAUAAUGAACUCUGAACUGCAACAGUUGUGUCACUAUUGUAAGGUUGACUUUAAAGCAUAUGAAAAAGAUAUAGAAGCACAGUUGCAACUUUUAGAGUCGCUUUUGCAACUCACACUUGCAAAUAGCGCUAGUCGUACCGAACAAAUAUCUUCGUUGCUGAUUUUUGUCACUAGUAUUGCAAACAGCGUCGCCCAGUUUCAGGUUACUCAACAAAUACUGCAGGAUGUGGUGCAAAUUUUGCAAAGGCACGGAGAAGUAUUGGAUCCUGGAUUGAGGUUUCAGUUAGUGCGGACACUUGCCACGCUUUCAAAAAGUUCGGCUUAUGAUAUCUCCAACUUGUUGCCUUGUUACUUUCAGUUAUUUCAUUGUUCGGACAAACAACUUAGGAAGUAUCUCUUUCAAGUGACUAUAAAGGCUGUGGAAAGGGAAAUGAAAGGAGGUUCAAAACUUGGUUCCCAAUGCAAGUCUGUUCUGUAUCAAUAUCUACAAGACAGUCAUGAAAAGGUUGCCCAGAAAACGUUAUUGUUAUUAGUGAGACUUUAUGCAGAAGGUAUUCUUUCAGAUGCUUCAACUUGCAAUGUCAUGUCCUCUUGUUGUUUUCAUGAGAAUACCAAAAUGAAAGCGAUUGCUAUUCAUUUCUUUUUACAGGAACGUUUUGAAGAGGAUGAUGACUCUGACAGUUCUUAUUCUAGUUCUGAUGAAGAAGAGAAACACUUGAAUGAAGUGCACGCUGUAGUUUCUCAAAAGACAAGAGAGUUGUGGAACAAUUAUAAAUUGACUAGUAAGAAGAAUUUAAGAAAAAGAAGGCAGUUGGAACGGAAAAUUUCAAGAAUAUGUAAAAGCGAACGGCGAAGGAGGCGAAAGCAUCAAUUGGAUCCCAAAGUUGAACCUCCCGUCUCUCUUUUGUUUCAACCGGAAGAAUUUGCAGAAAAGCUUUUUGUAGAGUUGAAGAAAAAGAAUCAACGUUUUCAGUUGCGACUUGCCAUUAUCCAACUGAUAGCUCGAGUUGUCGGUUUUCAUCUAUUAGAUAUUCCUCCAUUUAUUCAUUAUCUACUGAAAUAUCUUCGUCCACAUCAAGAAGGAGUUACCAAAAUAUUAGUUAUUUUAUUACAAGCCAUUCAUGAAUAUACUCCAUUGGAAACUAUUGAAAUGGUGAUUCGAUACAUUGCAGAUCACUUUGUGAUACCUCAAAUGUCAGCCGAUACUUGUGCUGUAGGUUUGAAUUCCAUUCGUUUAUUAUGUGAGAAACAACCGAAUGCCAUCGAUACUGCACUUUUGGAGGACCUUAUUCAAUACAAAACUUCAAAGGAUAAGAGUGUUAUGAUGGCUGCAAGGUCUCUUCUUUCUGUCUAUCGAAAAUUAUGUCCUGGUUUGCUUGCCAAGUCGGAACGUGGAAAACUUGGAAAUAUUCGAGCAAUGAAAGAAAAGAGAGCUCUCGCUUCCGAGUCUUCAUCUUUGAUUGCUGUCUCUUCUGAGGAAGAUGAUGAAACAUGCUCUCAAAGUUGGGAUAGUUCUGAUAGUUGUUAUGAAGAAAGUGAUUCCUCUCUAGAAACAGACUCUUUUAUAGAAGAAACGAAUAGCCAGUAUUCUACUCAAGACAAUGCUUAUGAUAGCAAUCUGUUCACUCAGCGCAUUUUAAGUGAUAAUGACUUUGUGAGACUGAAACAGUUAGGAAUGGGAACCAUUGCUAUAGAUGAGAAUGCCUUAAAAGCGAUAUCUGUGGCUGACAUUGAAACUUUUCAGACCAAAAGGAGAAGAAGUAAGGAGGAGAGAAUAGCGGCUGUAAAACAAGGUCGUAAUGAUCGACAAAAAUAUGGAAAAGGUUCCAAACAAAAGUUCAAGACCGGUCCAACCACCAAUCGAGCCAAGCAGAAACGUCAAGUUACUGGAAUAAUUCAACAAAGAAGAAGAAAACAAUUUAUGCAAUCAUUAAAACAACGCACAAAAAGGAGAAAAUAACUCUCUUUUCUAUUUCGGAGA